GAAGCGAACCCUGCCUCUCGCAUCGUCGUUGCAGCCUCAGCGAGCGAGAGAGUGUGGGGGAGAGAGAGAGAGAUCAGAAAUGGCGCCGAAGCAGCAGAAGCAGAGCAGGAAUCCGGAGCUGAUCCGGGGGAUUGGCAAGUUCUCGAGAUCGAAGAUGUACCACAAGAGGGGCCUGUGGGCCAUCAAGGCCAAGAACGGCGGCGCCUUCCCCCGCCACGAUCCCGUCGCCAAACCACCGUCCCCUGCCGCCUCCAAACUCCCCAAGUUCUACCCUGCCGACGACGUCAAGAAGCCUCUCCUCAACAAGCGCAACCCCAGACCCACCAAGCUCAGGGCAAGCAUCACCCCCGGAACUGUGCUAAUUAUACUUGCCGGGAGAUUCAAGGGAAAGAGAGUUGUGUUUCUGAAGCAGCACUCCUCCGGAUUGCUCUUGGUUACUGGGCCAUUCAAGAUCAAUGGUGUGCCCCUAAGACGGGUGAAUCAGUCUUAUGUCAUCGCAACCUCCACAAAGGUCGAUGUGUCCGGAGUUAAUACUGAGAAAUUUGAUGACAAAUACUUUGCUAAGAAAGUUGAGAAAAAGAAAAACAAAGGGGAAGGCGAGUUCUUUGAGGCAGAGAAAGAGGAGAAGAAUGUACUUCCGCAAGAGAAGAAAGAUGAUCAGAAAUCAGUGGACGCGGCAUUGAUAAAAUCAAUCGAGAGCGUGCCGGAUUUGAAGACGUAUUUAGCUGCCAGGUUCUCCUUGAAGGCGGGCAUGAAGCCGCACGAGCUGGUCUUCUAGACAGUGUGAACUGCUUCUGGUUUCCGGACUUUCUAUAUUUCUCUCUCCAAAUUUUGAGUUGGCUCAGAAGAUGACUGCUUUUAAGAUUAUCGAUUAUAGUAGGCAUCUCAAUGUUUGUUAUGUAGUUAAAUUUGGUUGGAUGGAUUCUUGUUUUCUGUCUUUUCCUCCAUUUGAGUCCUGAGUUCGCGAUUUGAAGUAAUUCCAUAUGCCAAAAUCGAUUCUUUUU